AUGUCUACAAACGGACAAGAAGGGUCAGAAAUGACCCUAGCAGUGUUAGGCUGUGGGACAAUGGGAAUUGCCAUACUAUCUGGUAUUUUGUCCUCUUUAUACGAGGUCCAAACUCCAAAAUCCGCCUUCUUACAAUCACCUUCUGGGACUUCCACGCCCCUGGAAGAAGUGCCCUCCCGUCUGCCCUCUCGGUUUAUCGCUUGUGUGCGUCGACCAGAAAGCGCGAAGAGGAUCAAGAAGGAGCUGGGCGCUUAUACCAAAAACGUAUACAUCGUACAGAAUGACAAUGUGGGAGCUUGUAAGGAAGCUGACGUUGUCCUGCUGGGGUGCAAGCCGUACAUGGUGGAAGACAUUUUGGCUGAGGAGGGCAUCCGGGAAGCAUUGGAGGGCAAACUGCUGAUCAGCAUUUGUGCCGGAGUCAGUGCUGAUCAAAUCUAUGGCAAUUUAUAUGGGAGCGUACCCGCCGACCCCGACAAGGAGGGAAAGUGCCGAGUGGUGAGAUCGAUGCCUAACACGGCCUCUGGAAUCAGAGAAUCCAUGACUGUCAUCGCGACCUCGAAACCCCCCCUUUCUCCACAAGUCUCAAGUCUCGUUACUUGGAUCUUCAAACGAAUUGGUGAUGUGGUUCAUUUGCCAGCGAGUACCAUGGAUGCCAGCACGGCUCUAUGUGGCAGCGGACCGGCGUUCUUUGCUCUGAUGCUGGAGGCUACUAUUGACGGAGCCGUAGCAAUGGGUCUCCCAAGAGCAGAGGCUCAACGAAUGGCAGCGCAGACGAUGAGGGGCGCUGCCGGGCUUGUUCUCUCUGGCGAACAUCCAGCACUGCUACGGGAUAAGGUCAGCACCCCUGGUGGCUGCACGAUUGGAGGAUUGCUUGUGCUUGAGGAAGGGAGGGUGAGAGGCACAGUUGCGAGAGCAUAA